AUGGAGCCGAAUCGUGUUGAUACCGAUAGGAUGGAGGACGAUGGAGAAGAGACUGCUGCCAAUCAGCGAUACACCCAAGCCACCGUCUCUGGUCAUACGAGCCUCCAAAAUCCCGAACGCACCAUUAGUCUCACAUUUCGUCCCGCACAUCAAGAGGAUCAUGCGUAUCAGGUGAACGACUGGUUAGAUUCACUCGGCAGCGCCAGCAAUGGUCCAUACUCCAUGGCUCCGGCUUUCCCUGUUCCACACAGCCGCGCUCCACCGUCCAUGUUCCGAUCCACAGCGCCCGCAGUUGGAUCCGACCGCAUCAUCAAGGAGGAGCAUGAGCGUAUUCUAGAGCAGAACGCGAAGUUGAAGCAGGAGCUAGAGUUGGCGAGGGAGGCACGGGAUAAGGCGAGUAAAGCAUGUCGCGAUCUUGCCACCUGGACUUUGUGGGAGCGGGACAGGUUGAUGCGCGAGUUGGGAGAGGCCAUAGAGAUUCAUCGCGCUUUCAUUGAGGACGAGGUCGACAAGCUUAUCGCCGAAGAGACAGGCUGUCUGCCUAUAGAUCAUUAA